AUGAACCCUUGCCAUCAUCAUGACAUUGUGCUCUUCUGCUUGCUCAGAUCGGCAACCUACCAACCAGUACAGAAACCAACAACAAUGAUAGUGUCUACUAUCCGAAUUUCUGCUUUGGCGGCGCUGUUCACGACGGUCUGCAAUGGAUUUUCUGCUUCCUUGUCUAAUAGUAGGCAAAGACGGAAACCUGUAGGGUUGUCCGCGCAACGAUUGAUUUGCGAGUUUGAGGCUUCCGACUUUUCCCUGGCCACGGGAGAAUGGCCGUACACAACGCAAGAUCUUUCUCGACUGGACAAUUCCAAAGAUGAUUUCUUCUACGACACUCCCAGGUUUGUCACACACAUUGACGACCGUGCCAUUGAGUCUCUGACCAACUUUUAUCGAGAAGAAAUGGCAGCCGUGGCUCUGAAAAAGAAGACUAAUGUGGACGUCCUCGAUUUGUGUUCGAGUUGGAUCUCUCAUCUGCCCGACGACGACAUUGUACCGUUUGGCAAGGUCGUUGGCAUUGGCAUGAAUCAACAAGAGCUGGAAGCCAAUAAACAAUUGACAGACUACUUUGUGCAGGAUUUGAAUGAGAAUCCGAAAUUGGAGCAAUUGGAGGAUGCAUCCUUUGACGUGAUUUGCAAUGUGGUGUCGGUAGACUACUUGACCAAGCCAAAGGAAAUAUUUCAAGAAAUGCAUCGGAUUUUACGACCCGGUGGAUUGGCCCUCAUGAGUUUCUCCAAUCGAUGUUUUCCGUCAAAGGCUGUCAAUAUGUGGUUACAGGCUGAUGAUAUUGGUCGCAUGACCAUUGUGGGAUCGUACUUUCACUAUACUGCCAAGUGGAAUCGCAUUGAAGCCUUGGAUAUCCUCCCCGAAAAGGUGGAACGACCCAAGGCACCCAGCAUGACGGAAAUUCUUCAAAACCCGUCCAGUGGAUUUGCUUGGAUGACAACGGCAGCUGCAGUGCAAAAACAGAAUACCGGAGAUCCCAUGUUUGUCGUCAAGGCUGUAAAGUAA